GCUCUAUCUUGGAUGAUGUACUUUAUCAUGGCGAAUCAAUCUGUUGAAAAUUUAUUACUUCAAGAAAUUAACGAAAUUCUCUCAGUGGAAACGUCCAUCCCAUCAUAUGACGAUAUUAAAUUAUUUAAAUAUACCACAUCUACGUUUUAUGAAACUCUUCGGUUAUAUCCUAUUGUUCCAGAUAAUGUUUUGCCUAAUAAUAUUCCAGUAUUCGCAGGAGAUUUUGUGGAAUAUAAUCUAUUUAUAAUGGGAAGAGAUGAAAAAAUCUGGGGAGAAGACGCUAAACAAUUCAACCCUAAAAGAUUUUUAGAGUCGGAGGAUGGUUUAAAACCAAGUAAAUUUAAAUUUGCUUCUUUUCAUGCUGGACCUAGAACCUGUGUGGGACAGCAAUUUGCAACUCUUGAAGUAAUAACACUUGUAGUAAUGUUGUUGAAAAAAUUUAAGUUUGAAUUGGUACCCGGACAAAAAUCACCGCCGGAAUUUAAAGAUGCCAUUACACUACCAAUGAAGGAUCCUCUUAUGACUAAAGUGUCUUAUAGAACUAAAAAUUAA